GGUCUAUCUUGGUUUAAUUAUACAACUCUUUGGAUUGUCAUUCUGCAACGCACUGAGAGAUGUCAUAUCAGUAGAUGGCAGCAUAGAGACCCUGAGGGAUGACUGCUCUGAGAGAUGACGUCGCAGCUGGACCCCUCUUGUUUUGACGUCGGCCGAGGUGAAAUCGCGGGGGACCUCUUCUCUCAUAAUGAUAGGGGCGGGGCAGGUAACGGCUUCGAAGACGAGAGAAAUCGGUCUGUUACGUUAGGUUUUAAUUCUCGGUUGUGUUGCAACAGAUUUGUAGGCGACCUAGGCACUUGGUUUGGGAUCCGUGUUUUUAAAUAACAUGGGUAAUUGCCACACAGUUGGACCAAAUGAGGCCCUUGUGGUUUCAGGUGGUUGCUGUGGCUCCGAUGAGAAGACCUACGUGGUGGGAGGCUGGUCCUGGGCCUGGUGGCUCAUUUCAGACAUCCAGAGAAAGAGAAGGAGCCUGGGAGGCCUCGGGGAGUGAUGCUGCAGCAAGCCCAUCCCCUGACUCUGUCUCAGACUUGAACAUUGAAGCUGAAAGCCACGUCCAUGUUGGUGGGGAGCUUCUGAGGACUCGGCCAGCUUCUAAAUGCACUUUAGCUAUGAUAACCCUUGAGAUUAUGACCCUGCAGCCCAAGUGUGAGGAUGUGGAAACAGCGGAGGGUGUAGCUAUUACUGUCACUGGGGUGGCACAGGUGAAGGUGAUGGUAGACAAUGAGCUGCUGGGCUAUGCCUGUGAACAGUUCCUGGGGAAAUCUGUGAUGGAGAUAAAGAGUGUCAUUCUGCAGACCCUGGAGGGUCAUUUACGCUCUAUUCUCGGUACUCUGACGGUGGAGCAGAUCUACCAGGACAGAGACAGAUUUGCUGCUCUGGUGAGGGAGGUGGCAGCGCCCGACGUGGGCCGCAUGGGCAUCGAGAUCCUCAGCUUCACCAUCAAGGAUGUUUAUGAUAAAGUGGAGUACCUGAGUUCCUUGGGCAAGAGUCAGACAGCUGCAGUACAGCGAGACGCAGACAUUGGAGUGGCCGAGGCAGAGAGAGACGCAGGAAUCAGGGAAGCAGAAUGUAAGAAAGAGAUGAUGGACAUCAAGUUCCAAGCAGAUACCAAGAUGGCCGACUCUAAGAGAGGGUUGGAGAUGCAGAAGGCUGCUUUCAAUCAAGAAGUAAACACAAAGAAAGCAGAGGCCCAGCUGGCCUACGAGCUGCAGGCUGCCAAGGAGCAGCAGAAGAUCCGUCUGGAGGAGAUAGAGAUCGAGGUGGUUCAGAGGAAGAAGCAGAUCACCAUUGAGGAGAAGGAGAUUGACCGCACCGAGAAGGAGCUGAUCGCCACGGUCAAGAGGCCGGCCGAGUCUGAGGCCUACAAGAUGCAACAGCUGGCCGAGGGACAGAAGAUGAAGAAGGUGCUGACGGCCCAAGCGGAGGCAGAGAAGAUCCGUCGUAUCGGAGAGGCAGAGGCCGGUUCCAUAGAGGCUAUAGGGAAGGCUGAGGCUGAAAAGAUGAGGCUGAAGGCUGAGGCCUACCAGCAUUAUGGAGAGGCUGCCAAGACUGCUCUGGUCCUAGAGGCCCUGCCUAAGAUCGCUGGCAAGGUGGCGGCACCCCUGGCCCAGACCAAUGAGAUUGUCAUCCUGAGCGGGGACGGUAGUCGUGUGACCGGCGAGGUUAACCGCCUAUUGGCUGAGCUCCCCGUGUCCGUCAACGCCCUCACAGGGGUGGACCUGAUGAAAAUCCCUUUUCUUCAGAAGAUGACCAACCCUCAAGCAUGAAAACAAUCCAAUGCACCCAGACUCCAAUACAUCUCUAUUAUGCACUUUAAAUCAACAAGAAACACUUGAAUACAAGAGUUGUUGUUUUACUACGAAAAGUACUACGAAAGAGUAGAGUCGUUUUCAUUUCCUAGACCCCUGAUGCCUUAGCUCUAUAGGACCAGAUCAUCUGCAUGGACCACUGAAUGUUUUUUUUUUAAAGAACAAAAAAAAGCAACCGUUCAUUUUAUAUUUUGUUUUUAAGAAGUUACCCCCAUUGUGUUGUACUUACACUCGUCUACAUUAUAGAAAAGGGGCAUUCAUCCUGAUAUGUCUGUGCAGGCCCUAUUCUGGUCUGAAAGGUCUCGCCAGGUCUUCACCUUGUGUCUUCAUAGUUUUUUUUAUUGUGUUACACUUAGUACCUUGGAUAUGCCCAUGGUUUUUUACAGUUACUUGUGCAAGUGUUUUUAAGUAUUUCGUCACCCAUUUUUAUUGUUUCAUUCUUAUGUGCAGUCCGUGCCUGUUUACCAACCAAGUGGCCAAACCUCAGGAAAAGUAAUGGUUUGGCAAUUCAAAAAGUUUAGUGAUACUACAGUGAAAUUCAAUGAGAGAUGUAGAAAUGUCCUCCCCCAUCCUCAUAUCAUUUGCCUUUUUCUUUACUAGAAUCUUCAUUUCAUUCUUCAUCUUGGGUAUGGGAGAGGUGUGCCUUAGGACAAGACAUGCAAGACGCAGAAAGCAUACAGAUGAACACGUGUGCAUCAAUCUUCAUGUCUGUAUGAAGCCAUAUACUUUCAAGAUUAGCCUUAAUAUAGAGACCCGGGAGUCCUGCUAGCUUUCCUGAUCAUCUGGAUUACCUCAGUCAAUCUAAGCUUUAAUACUUGUUCUACUUCUUUCCAAUUAUUGAGAUGCCAUAUGACAAUAUGCAUUUCAGUCUCUUAGGGUAGCCAAUGUUGUGUUAUGUCACCUUGUGGUUCCAUUCUUAAAUUACAUAUACAUUUUUAUAAAGGAUUUAUCUCUACAGUU